AUGUCUCUGAAAAGUGCAAAGGGAGGACCAGACAGUAGACCAUCCUCUGCUGCCAGCUCAAAGUCUUCCUCAGACCGGGGGAAGGACUCUGUUGAGGAGGAGGGACGUCGGCACAGUAAAAGGAGCCUCAGCAACAGCUCAGCGGUGGCCGCUGCCUACAUCUCCUACCUCAAUAAACUCUUUGGACAGGAGAGAGAGCUGAUGCCAGAGGAGUUAGAUGAGCUCCAGGAGGCCUUUAAGGAAUUUGACUACGAUGCGGAUGGCUUCAUCCAUUACAAAGACAUCGCAGACUGCAUGAGGACCAUGGGCUACAUGCCUACAGAGAUGGAGCUCAUCGAGAUCAUCCAGCAAAUCAAGAUGAAAUGGGGUGGUCAUGUAGACUUUGAUGAUUUCUGUGAGUUAAUGGGGCCGAGGAUGCUGGCUGAGACAGCUCAUAUGGUCGGGCUGAAGGAGCUCCGCUGCGCCUUCAAACAGUUCGACUGUGACGGUGAUGGAAAGAUCACGCUUGAUGAGCUGAAGGAGGGCAUGAAGACCCUCCUGGGGGAGAAGCUGAAGAAAGGCGAGUUGGAGGAGAUCCUCAGCGACAUUGACCUCAACAAGGACGGCAACAUCGACUUUGAUGAGUUUGUUAUGAUGCUUUCUGCACGAUGACCUCUGAUGGAAGAAGAUGGAUCAUACAGCGCCGGAUUCAUACGGACCAACUCAUAAGCACUGCCUGCUGUUAUUGUUCUUUCUCUGUGACAUUAUCGAAAUGUCUGAUUGUAAAACAAAACAUGAUUGAGUCAGAGAGAUCUGUUCCUGUUUUUAUAAUAAAAGUUGAGGUUGAGGAAGUGCAGAGGGUAAAGGGUGAGUUAUGAAACAUUUAACUGUAUGUGGCAACAAUGCUGCACUGUCGCCCCCCUGUGGUGACAAAGUGUACAGACUCUUUAGGUCUCUAAAAUGAGACUCGAUUAAUUUUCUUUACCAUCUGAUUACAUUUUAACAACAGCUAGUGGAGGACUGUAGUAUCCUAUAUUUCAACUUAUUUGCACAUAAAUGGGUUA